AUGACCUCAAUAUCAACAUCCACCCUCCCCACCAUCACCCGCUCCACCUUCAUCAACAGCACUUUCACCGAUCUCACCCCAUCCGACACCAUCACCCGCAGCGACCUCCGCGACGUAACCAUCACCUGCUCCGGCAGUGCCAAAACCCCUACCAGCCUCCUCCGCUCCGCCCUAACAUCCUGCAUCGUCAAGCACUCAUCCACUUACCGCUCCAAGCUAAACCACACCACCCUCACUAACGCCAUUGUCUCCCGCACCGAAGCCACGCAUACCUCCUUCGACAUCUACAGCUACUCGCACCGGAGCACCCUUUCCAACGCGGUUCUCCGCGAUCGCGCCUCUGUCAAGCGCAGCAAGGUGAAAGAUGCUAGUUUGCUGGGCGGGAGUUCUCUCUGGCGGAGUAAUGUGUCUAGGUGCAUGAUUGCGGAUGAGUGCCGGGUGCAGCGGUGCAACUUGGUGAAUUGUGAGGUGAUGUGUUGUGUGCUGGUGAAGACGGAUCUGGAGGGGAUGGUGGUUAGGAAUGGGGUUUGGAAGGAUGGGGUGUUGGUGGGGAGGGUUAGGGAGGGGGAGGAGGUGGUGGUGUUGAAGAAGGGGGGUGAGGGGAAGAUGCAGGUUCCUGUUAAUGAGAAGAAGUUGGAUAGCAAGGAUGUGAAGUACUGGUUGGAGGAGGAGAGUUCGGACGAAGAGGGGGUGAGGGCGAUGUCGCCGCCGCCGGCGUAUACGGCGUAG